UACAAAAACUACGAGAAACGAGCUAGUAGAAAGCACUUCCGCGAUAUCAUUAUCAGGAUCUGGCGUUUGAUAUGGCUCUCACGAUACAAUUUACGCUUCUCUUGUAGCCGGGGCGAUCAUACCGCAGUCGGUUGCCCGGAAGUAACUGCCGGUAACCUGUGCGCAGCAGGAGAUUCCUGGGGAAAGAAUUGAUCGCAUACUCCAGCAGAAUAGGGCAUUUUCUUCGAAGUGCCUGUGCAAAGCGAGGAGUGGAGCACUUUUGAAGCUUGCAAGCACGGCAUCUUCCGAGAAUCAAGCGUAGAACUUACCCUCGUCGAGAAAACGGAUGAGCUAAAAACACGCUUGAUCGAAAAUGGGAGGCCGUGUUAGGAAAGUGAGACUGACGAGGCUUGGCACAACCAGCUGAGAAUUCCUACACGAUAGUGAAUCAGACUAUCAUGGCUGACAAGGCCGAAAAUGCAAUCACUGCAGCGUCUCUCACUCAGGUCCAGAUUAAGACCAUCACACAAAGUAGGCCGCUUGCCGAAAUAAUUCAAGACUUGAGCAAGCGACUGCCAGAACACCUGCUCUGUAGUGUUCCACAUAAAUGGUUCGAGGCUCAAAAACAGGCCCGUGAGAAAGAGGCAAAGGAAUGUCGAAAGAGGCACUAUCCUCUUGAUCUGCUCCCGUACGAUGUACCUCACAAAUACAUUCCCUGGUACAAUGCUGUCCGGGUUCUCAACCACUAUGCCCCAGGCUGGAUCGGUGAGAUUCGCAACAUUGCUGUACCUGGAAAGAGUGCAAACACGUUUGUCACUGUUGUAUACCGUAUCACUCUGAAGGGGGCUGAUGGAGAGGUCUGCCGCGAAGCAUCUGCGACUUCAACUAUGGAUUACAGUGACCAUUCCGUAUAUUUCUCGCCAGUGCAAAACGCAGAGCGCGAAGCUUUUUGCAAGGCCUGUCUGCUAUUUGGGCUUGGAUUGUAUUUGUAUCAUUCACCUGAUGCCCCACCUCACGGCUCCAAUUCAGAUGAGUACCUACAGGUGCCUCCCUAGGUGUUCAAGUCCAAGUUUUUCAAGGACCACCUUAGCUCACACUUUGAUUCUUGAGGAUGUUGUAGUUGUAUUUUAAUUUUGGAGGUGACCUCCCAAGAGGUGCAGAUCUAAGUGCCGUAUAUUUAGUAAAGUCCUGAAGAAGAUCAGAUAAACUGUUGACUUCGAUCGCAGCUGAAUGAAUUUGCGAAGUUGAACUCUUGAAAGUUGCCCGAUUUGAAAGUUGACAGAUUUUCCAGCUGUAAAUGGAGACUUAUUUUACAGUUCGAGCCUCUUGUUUGAGCUUAUCUAUCCCGGUUUGCAUCUAAUAGACGUUCCUCUCGAGGUUCUAGGUCGUCUCAACUGGUCUUGUGUUGCUGUAUGAACAGAAUGGGUAUACCGAAACAACCGGCAGUCGGCUUAGAUCGAGCUACCGACUUAGAGAAGAUUGUAACCUUCCUGGGCUUUUGUAAUCUAUUUCACAGAAAUUUGCGUUACAUUGUGGAUCCCCUAAAAUGGUGCAAUGUCUUCAAUAGGCAUGGCCAGAGUUAACUGCCUCCUGUCUGUCGGAUCAGUAACGAGAACUGUCUAAAACUGCAAGCAUCUCCCAAAGCGGAAUCAUGCCCUUGAAGUUCUCUGAGCGCGUGAAUGUUCUGUAUUUGAAGUUUGUAAAACGAGUUCGUUAUGAUCAAAAGAACCUGAAUUCAGUUGAUGAGAUAGCCCGGUGAGGCCUCGUAGUUCCAGAUAGAGCCAAGAAAGAUGUUUGAAGACGUUUUUUUAGACUUAGUGAAAUGGAAAAGUUUUUGGAUCAGGCAGAUGCAGACGAAGCUGGUCUUUCGAAAAUAUUGGGAGCGAUGAUGAAGUGAGUACAGAAGAUUUCGAUGAAACUGACAGUGUAGAAUCUGGCUCAAGUGAAAAUUCUUUCAGUGCAAAAACUGGCGGUAGGGCUCGAAAGUUAGUGUCAGGAUCGAUAGAGGAGAGGUAUAAUGGAAGGGAAAGUGACUUGAGUCCAGAAAGACCUAACUUGAGAAGAGCAAAAAGGCGCAAGUUGAGACAUUCAGAAAGCGAAAGCGCAGAAACCUCUGAGGACAGCGAGGACGAUGGGAAAAGUGAUGAAUUCAGUAUAUUCAGUCAGCUGGGGAAUGUUGCAACAGUUCUGCAUUCAUCACCCAUCUCGUCUCAAAUGCUGUUUUCGAGUGUUGUUCAACUUGAAGCUUUACAGAUGCCGUCUGCGCGGUUCUUACCGCCAAAGGGAACUUGGGCUCCAUCCACUUUUCCCAGACUAACACCGUCUCAGGUGCUCUGAGUAUCUCUACACCUGUCAGUGGACACAUGUCAGUUCGUGUUGUUAUGAUCUGCUUUACCUCCCUGUGUCUUACGUUAGCGAUUUCCGCAUGAUGAAGUUGCAUCUAUAAACUUUGUGAUAACAUGGUUGUUAUGUUCAUGGACGAGAAGUUAUCAGCUCAUGCAAAGCAGUAUAAAAAGCUCAAAAAGCAGAUGGCGCGUUCCCGAAGGACAGCUCAUGACUUGAGAGUCUCGAGAGAGCAAGAGAUAAAUAACCAAACGGCAGAUGCGUGGACACUCAUGAAUCUCAUUCCCGAUGUGUUAUGUCUUGAAAGUUCUAGUGUGAUACCAUGUAAUUCAUCGAAUUCUGCUGCGGUAUGUUCACUGAAAAAGCUAAGUGACGAGAAAGCUGAAGAAGCCCUCAAUGUUGGUCUUCGUGAGGAAAAGAUGAGAGGAUCGAAGGAAAAGGUAAGGAAUGCCAAGCAGAGAAGCCUUAAGUUUGCCACUGAGGCAAGAAAACGAUCCCGGCAAUUGUUUAGUGAGAAGGAAGUAAAGAUACCUAAGUCUGGAACUGCAGGAGACUGGACAUCAUCAAGUGAGGGAAGUCUAACGGGGAUAGAAGGAAGUUUAUCCACUCGGAAGGCGGUAUCCCCUAGACAAACGAAAGGCAAGCCUGAGAUGGACCGUGAUGUCAAAAACGGUAACUCUCAGAGAAAAGCGAAUACGCUAGUUGUUAAUUAUGACUUAAAAACUGCUGGAGAGUCUAGAUCUUCAAGUGGAGACAGUGACACAGAUGCAGACGAAAAUUCAGUGCGGUCCAAGAUUUCGAAAUCUGGACAGAGGGACAAGUUGCAACUUAUCGAGAAGGCACUGAGUAUUGGAAAUGGAGUUACGGGUAAAAGAGAGAAGUUAUUUGCCAGCGAUAAAACUCCUCAUGGUGCUGGAGACGCACUAACAUUAAAUAAGAGAAGUACAAAGCCCAACCAGGAAAAAGUUCUAGACUGUUUGGGGAAUAAGGAAUUCCAUAUGGUUGAAGAGAAACCUGGCACAAGGAGAAGGGUCAUAGGGCUGGAAGAGUCUUCUGCUGGCGAACAUGCUUCUGGAAGGAUCCGGAGAGCAUCACUGUCUAGGAAGAAAUCUGUAACGUCUGCAGGUGAGGCAGCAAAGAUCAACGAACUUGACUCUAGGACUAGAAAGCAAUCACGCGCAAUGAGUAAUGAGAGUACAGCGAAGGUCCGCCAGAGGAAUAAGAUACUUGCUCUGUAUAACUAUUCAGAAAAUGCUGGAGAGUCACAACAAUCGAUGAGAGGGUUUGAGAUAGGUGCCGAUGGAUCGGUCGGGAGCUCCAGCGUGGUGCAUUCUCCACUGGAAAAUUUACCUUUCCAAAAUGUCGUGGGAAUUGAGGGCUCAUUUGAAGGGGAACAGGAAGGAUCUGUUGAGAGACGUUUAGGUAGUCCUGAAGAAUCAACUUCGUCAGAUGGCAAUCUUGGAAUGAAUACAUCUGUAGGACCGCAGAGCUUGGGUGGAACCAGGGGCCGGGACAGAACAGACGUCCAGAGCAUACGAGUGAGGAAGAAAGAGAAGAGAAAGUAUGUGGUUCCUGAUAGUUUGGAAAGCUUCGAGGAAUCAGCAUCAACAAGUAGAAGUCCUAGAAGUUGUGCGAAGGUAUUGUCAUGUGACUCAGACCUGGGGAAGCCCCUCCAGAGUACAGCUGAGGAUACGAAUGAAAUUCCUGGAGAGCCAGCAAAUCAAUUUAAUACGGAUGUGAUAAUUCACAGCUCCGAAGUGGUACAAGUGUCAGAUGACAAGUUUGGGAGUGUGCCACAGGAUAAUCUUACAGAUACAAGAGAGUACUCAAUAGGAGAUGCUGGUGAUUCGGCCGAUGCUUCUGAAAGUAGAGAGUCAAAUUUAGACCUGGGGGGUUUGGAGAAUUUGGGUACAAGAAGUAAAGUUUCCACGUUUACUCAUGUAACACAAGUAAAGGACCUCCAGCCGAUUGUAGAAGGUAAGGGGGUGAUUGGCAGGAGAAGGGAGGAAGGAAGGAAAAGGAAGGAAGUAAAGGAAAAGGCACGUGUGAGUGAUAAUGGGUCUGAAAACGAGGAAGAAUCAAUAUCGUCAAAAGAGUUUUUGGACGAAUAUGAACACUCGCAAUCAGGAAACUUGAAGACUGUACGGUCCAUCGGGAAGGAGAAAGGUCAUUCUCCUACAAGAAUGUCAGUGAGAAGCAAACCAAGUCGACACCAAUUGAAGGGGUCAGUGUCCGAUGAUUUCGGUUCUGAAAGUGGCGCAGAAUUAUCAUCCAACGAACCUCUCGUGGGGUAUGGAGAUAGGUUGGCCCUAAGGUCUAAGAGGUCCAUUCCCACGCAAGGUUAUAGAAGGCAAAUCAGGAAGGAAAAUUCCGGCAGUGCUACACAACAAGCUCCAAUUGCCGAGAGAAGUGAAGCAGAUGCAUUCUCGGAGAGCUUGAUUGUUGUGCCGGUAACUGAGAGAGAAGUUAAUGAGUGUGUUGGGCAAACACGAGAAGACACGGUAAAACAUGGGGCGGACAAGGUGUCUAAAGCUAAUGAUGAUGGUAGUGAUGAAAGUUCCAGAGAACAAACAUCUUCAAGUGAGAGUGGCGAACUUAUAUCAAAUGCAGCGUACCCGAGCUCCGAUAUGCUGCGGCCCAACUCAAAGAUUGAGGUCCAAAAGGUCAACACGGUUCUAAGAAAAGAAAAGAGGAUUGAACAGCUUGAGGGACUAACUGAAGAUGCCUCAACUAACUUUGAAGUGGCUGAAGAUAUAAAAGCUGCGCCCCAUGCACUUCCAAGGUUGCAAAUUAAGCGCUCCCUUGAAAGGAAAACUCCGCAACUCAAGAAUUCCGUAAAGAGUAGGGAGGGGGUACUACUCGAAAAGAAUAAGAAGGGUACGGUGGCGAAUGUAUCUCGAAGAUCUGGAGAGUGGGAAUCAUCCAGUAUGCUCCUUGAGAUUCCUUCUGAAAUAGUUUCUGAAAAUUCUAGAAGUGAGCAGUCUUUACAGACGUUAAAGAGGGGAGUGAUUCCAGAAACUGCGGGUUACCAGAACUCCGAAUUGCUGCGUUCCACACAGGAGGAUAAAGCUGAAUCUUCCGUCACUUGGGAAAGAGAUACUCGCAGAAAAGAAGAGAAGACGGUAGUCCCAAACGAGCUCAAAAUCGUAGGAGGCUCGGAACUGGCUCGUGAGAGUAACAGUGAGGCCUUUGGAGAUUCUCAGGUAUUGCAAACCUUACAGGACAAGGAAAGUGUUAAAUUGGUCUUUGAUACAGAGAGCACGAGCACAAAAAAAAAGAAGGUUAAUGCCGUAGUUGAUCGAACUGAAUGUUCGGGUGACUCAGCGUCACUAGAUGAGACUGAGUGUUCUACCGAUGCAACAUCCGAGUCGUUCAAACUAGUGCAGUCCACUUUGGAUGAGGAUGCCCAUUCCUCUCAAAGACUUGCGGAGCAUGGUGUGAAAAUACAGCUCAGUAUGACAAAGAAGGAUGCUAUAAAUGAUGAACGUGUACGGGAUGAGAAACCGUUACUAUCAACUAGGACUCGGGAGUCUUACACCGAUGCAGCAUCCGAUACAGUUAAACUCGUGAAGUCCACUUUGGAUGAGGAUGUACAUUCCAUUGAAAGAAUUGCGGAGCAUGGUGUGAAAUUACAGUACAGUAUGACGAAGAACGAUGGUGUAAAUAAUGAACGUGUACGGGAUGGGAAACUGAUCAUGUCAACGGAGACUCCGCAGUCGUACACCGAUGCAACCUCCGAGAUCUUCAAACUCGAGCAGUCCCCUUUAGAUAAGGAUGCCCAUUCCUCUGAAAGAAAUGCGGAGCACUGUGGGAUAGAACAGCAAGGUAGAACGAAGAAGAACGCUACAAAAGACGAACAUGUACGGGAUGGGAAACUGACAGUAACAGAUGAGACUCUGGAGUCGUACACCGAUGAAACCUCCGUGACGUUCACACUCGUGCAGUCCGCUUUCGAUGAGGAUGCCCAUUCCACUGAAAGAAUUGCGGAGCACUGUGGGAUAGAACAGCAAGGUAGAACAAAGAAGGACGCUACAAAAGACGAACAUGUACGGGAUGGGAAACUGACAGAGGAGACUCUGGAGUCCGACAUCGAUGCCACAUCAGAGACGUUCAAAUUACUGCCGCCCCUUUUAGAUGAGGAUGUCCUUUCCAUCAAAAGAAGCGCGGAGCAUAGUGGGGUGAAACAGCACAGUCUUACGAAGAAGGAUGAAACAAAUGAUGAAGGUGUACGGGAUGGGAAACUGGCAGUUUCAGAUGACACUAUGGAGACGUACACCGAUACAACAUCCGGGACGUUCAAACUCGUGCAGACCUCUUUGGAUGAGGAUCCCCAUUCCAUCGAAAGAAAUGCAGAGCGUGUUCGGAAAAUACGGCAUAGUAAAACGAAGAAGGGCGCCAUAAAUGAUGAAGGUGUUCGUGAUGGGAAACUGGCAGUCUCAGAUGACAAUAUGGAGUCGUACACCGCUACAACAUUCGGGACGUUCAACCUUGAGCAGUCCUCUUUGGAUGACGAUGCGCAUUCCAUUGGGAAAAUUGCGGAGCAUGUCCGGAAAAUACGGCACAGUAUAUCGAAGAAGGGCGCCAUAAAUGAUGAAGGUGUUCGUGAUGGGAAAGUGGCAGUUUCAGAGGAGACUAAGGAGUCGUACACCGAUGCAACAUCCGAGCAUGGUGCAUCCGAGACGAUGAAACUCGUGCCAUCCCCUUUAGAUGAGGAUGCUCAUUCCAUCGAAAGGAAUGCGGACCAUGUUCGGAAAAUACGGCACAGUAAAACGAAGAAGGGCGCCAUAAAUGAUGAAGGUGUACGGGAUGGGAAACUGGCAGUUUCAGAGGAGACUAUGGAGACGUACACCGAUACAACAUCCGGGACGUUCAAACUUGAGCAGUCCUCUUUGGAUGAGGAUGCGCAUUCCAUUGAAAGAAAUGCGGAGCAUGUUCGGAAAAUACGGCACAGUAAAACGAAGAAGGGAACCAUAAAUGAUGAACGUGUACGGGAUGGGAAACUGGCAGUUUCAGAGGAGACUAUGGAGUCGUACACCGAUACAACAUCCGAGACGUUCAAACUUGAGCAGUCGCCUUUUGAUGAGGAUGCUCAUUCCAUGGGAAGAAAUGCUGAGCAUGGUGGGAAAAUACAGCACAGUAAAACGAAGAAGGACGCCACAAACGAUGAACGUGUACGGGAUGGGAAACUGGCAGUUUCAGAGGAGACUAUGGAGUCGUACACCGAUACAACAUCCGAGACGUUCAAACUAGUGCAGUCCCCUUUGGAUGAGGAUGCUCAUUCCAUGGGAAGAAAUGCGGAGCAUGGUGGGAAAAUACGGCACAGUAAAACGAAGAAGGGCGCCAUAAAGGAUGAACGUGUACGGGAUGGGAAACUGGCAGUAUCAGAUGACAAUAUGGAGUCGUACACCGCUACAACAUCCGGGACGUUCAAACUUGAGCAGUCUUCUUUGGAUGACGAUGCGCCUUCCAUAGGAAAAAAUGCGGAGCAUGUUCGGAAAAUAGAGCACAGUAAAACGACGAAGGGCGCCAUAAAUGAUGAAGGUGUUCGGGAUGGGAAACUGGUAGUUUCAGAAGAGACUAAGGAGUUGUACACCGAUACAACAUUCGAGCAUGGUGCAUCCGAGACGAUGAAACUCGUGCCAUCCGCUUUGGAUGAGGAUGCCCAUUCCAUCGAAAGGAAUGCAGAGCAUGGUGCGAACAUACAGCACAGUUCAACGAAGGAGGACGCUAUCAAUAAUGAACGUGUUCGUGAUGGGAAACUGGCAGUAUCAGAGGAGACUCUGGAGUCGUACACCGAUUCAAUAUCCGAGACGUUCAAACUCGUGCAGUCCCCUUCGGAUGAGGAUGCCCAUUUCAUCGAAAGAAAUGCAGAGCAUGGUGGUAUGAUACAGGACAGUAUACCGAAGAAGGACGCCACAAACGAUGAACGUGUACGGGAUGGGAAACUGGCAAUAUCAGAGGAGACUUCGCAGUCGUACACCGAUGCAACAUCCGAGACGUUCAAACUAGUGCAGUCCAGUUUAGAUGAGGAUGAUCAUUCCGUUGAGAGAGUUGCCGAGCAUGGUGGGAAGAUACGUCAUAGUAUGGGGAAGAAGGAUGAUAUAAACAAUAGACGUGUUCGUACUGGGAAACUGGCAGUUUCAGAGUCGACCAUGGAGUCGGACACCGAUGCAACAUCCGAGACUUUGAAACUCGUGCAUCCCCCUUUGGAUGGGGAUCCCCUUUCCAUCGCAAGAAAUGCAGAGCAUGGUGGUAUGAUGCAGCACAGUAUAACGAAGAAGGAUGAGACGAAUGAUGAACGUGUACGGGAUGGGAAACUGGCAGUUUCAGAUGACACUACGGAGACGUACACGGAUACAACAUCCGGGACGUUCAAACUUGAGCAGUCCUCUUUUGAUGAGGAUGCCCAUUCCAUUUUAAGAAAUGCGGAGCAUGUUCGGAAAAUAUGGCACAGUAAAACGAAGAAGGGCGCCAUAGAUGGUGAAGGUGUUCGUGAUGGGAAACUGGCAGUUUCAGAGGAGACUAUGGAGUCGUACACCGAUGCAACAUCCGAGACGUUCAAACUCGUGCAGUCGCCUUUUGAUGAGGAUGCUCAUUCCAUGGAAAGAAAUGCUGAGCAUGGUGGGAAAAUACGGCACAGUAAAACGAAGAAGGACGCCACAAACGAUAAACGUGUACGGGAUGGGAAACUGGCAGUUUCAGAGGAGACUAUGGAGUCGUACUCGGAUGCAACAUCCGAGACGUUAAAACUAGUGCAGUCCCCUUUGGAUGAGGAUGCGCGCUCCAUUGAAAGAAAUGCGGAGCAUGGUGGGAGAAUACGGCACAGUAAAACGAAGAAGGGCGCCAUAAAGGAUGAACGUGUACGGGAUGGGAAACUGGCAGUUUCAGAGGAGACUAUGGAGUCGUACUGGGAUGCAACAUCCGAGACGUUCAAACUAGUGCAGUCUCCUUUGGAAGAGGAUUCCCAUUCCAUCGAAAGGAAUGCAGAGCAUGAUGCGAACAUACAGCACAGUUCAACGAAGGAGGACGCAAUCAAUAAUGAACGUGUUCGUGAUGGGAAACUGGCAGUAUCAGAGGAGACUCUGGAGUCGUACACCGAUUCAACAUCCGGGACAAUCAAACUCGUGCAGUCCCCUUCGGAUGAGGAUGCCCAUUCCAUCGUAACAAAUGCAGAGCAUGGUGGUAUGAUACAGCACAUUAUAACGAAGACGGACGCCACAAACGAUGAAGGUGGACAAGAUGGGAAACUGGCAGUAUCAGAGGAAACUUCGGAGUCGUACACCGAUGCAAAAUCCGAGACGUUCAAUCUAGUGAAGUCCAGUUUAGAUGAGGAUGAUCAUUCCGUUGAGAGAAUUGCGGAGCAUGGUGGGAAGAUACGUCAUAGUAAGAGGAAGAAGGAUGCUAUAAAUAAUGAACGUUUUCGCAAUGGGAAACCGGCAGCAUCAGAGGAGACCAUGGCAGUAUCAGAGGAGACUUCGGAGUUGUACACCGAUGCAACAUCCGAGACUUUGAAACUCGUGCAUCCCCCUUUGGAUGGCGAUCCCCAUUCCAUUGACAGAACUGCGGAGCAUGGAGGGAAAGUACAGCACAGUAUAACGAAGAAGGAUGCUCUAAAUCAUGAACGUGUUCGUGAUGGGAAACUGACACUAGCAGAGGAGACUCUGCAGUCGUACACCGAUGCAACAUCCGAGACGUCCAAAAUAGUGCGGUCCCCUUUUGAUGAGGAUGCCCAUUCAAUGGAAAGAAAUGCUGAGUAUGGUGGGAAAAUACAGCACAGAAUGACGAAGAAAGAUGCUAUAACUCAUGAAUGUGUACGGGACGGGAAACAGAUAGUACCAGACGAAAUUCUGGAGUCUUACACCGAUGCAACAUCCGAGACGUUCAAACUAGUGCAGUCCAGUUUGGAUUUGGAUGCCCAAUCCAUUGAAAGAAUUGCGGAGCAUGAUGGGAAAGCACAGCACAGUAUGAUGAAGACGGAUUCCAUACGUGAUGAAAGUAAACUAGAUAGGAAACUCACACUAUCAGAGGAGCCUUUGAGGACAGCCGAAGCAACAUCACAGAGCUACAGUUUGCAGGCAGCGAAGAAAAAGGAAGGUGAAGCACGCGGCCCAGGUCCAAGUAAAAAGGGAAGGGUUGUAUAUAAGGAGAGGAAGACGGCUUCAAGCGACAACCCUUUGGAAGAGUUCGCGGUGUCCACAUCAUCUAGUAAGAAGUAUGCUGAUGGAUUAUCACGGAGCUCCAGAGCGAAGUCAUUACAGGAAGAUAAAGUUCAGCUUCCUGCAGAGGCUAUCGAGUUGAAACGGAACGACGGAAUGGAAGACGUGCUGAUAGAAAAAACCGAAACAGGGAAGACGGAUAUAAAAAUUGCCGAGGGAUCCAUAUCAUACAUCGAAGACUCGGAUACUUCUGCAGAUACAGCUUCAUCUAGCCGCAAGUUACACUCUCUAGAUGAAGGAAUCGAGGACAAUCCACUUCCUAUCGUAACUCCUGAGCAGAGAGGUAGAGUCAAAUUCCCAGAGGUGAGAACAGGUGUUGUCAACAAUGAUCUGAAAUCUUAUGAAAAGUCGAGAUCAUCCGAAGAGAGUUCCAAUUUUGAAACACCAGGGAGGAAAUUUUCAAAGGAAGUAUCAGUUCAAGUUGUAGAGAAAGCAUAUGAGCCAAUUGAUCGGUGCAUAGACGAAAGGAUUGAUGCAGGAGGUGUGUACGCUGGUGACCGUAUAUCCAAAUGGACCGAUUCUUCAUCACUAUCUUCGGAAGGCUCUGGAAACGAAAUGAGACGCAUUCUUCAAGUAGGUGAAUCUGCAACGGACGAAGGAGCUCAAGUGGUCGAGAAAGCUCCUCUUCCAAGGCAAAAAGCACAGAAGGAAACGACGAAACCAGCAGUCCAGGAAUUUGGCUUUUUAGAUGCUGAGAUUUCAGCAUCAUCGAGUCGAAGUCCUGAAUUUUAUAGGGAAGCACCACCAAAGAAUUUGAACGUACUGAAGAAGACUGAGGAGACAGAGACAUUUCCAAUAAAUGAUCAAACACAUAUCUUUCAAGGGACCCAGACACAGCCCUUUCAUGAAGAUUCCCAAAAUGUUACAGAGUUGAACACUUGGAUUGAAACUUUCAAGACGAACGUCAAUGAGACGUCAAAUGUUCCCGAGUUUGUACAGGGGAAGGAAAGGGUGGAAAUACUUGAUAAGCCACAGAGGUCACCUAGGCUGAGAGGAACGGUCAAGCAGAGUAAGAAGAAGCUUCACAACGCAAAUAAUAAAGCUGAAGCAGAUGGAGCGUCACCAUUCCCGAGGAAGAGUAUGAAGAGUUCUGCGUAUGUAAAAAAUCAGACACAGAAGAAUGUGGAGGCAAAUUAUAAAGAAGGCCAAGCUUUUAAGAGAGGUUCACCGUCUAGGGUUACACUAAAGCCGAAAUCCAUCGACAAACUUGCUGUACGCCUUAUUUCUGGAAUUCGUGAAGUUGCAUCAUCGAGUGAGCGUCCGAAAGCAUAUUCUGAAAAAGCAAAAAGCGCGGUCACAGACCUUCCAGUUAGAAAGCGAAGUGAUUUGCCAACACAGAAACGAAAGGAAACCGUUUUGGAUGAUGAGACUCGCUCUACUGAACCUUCGGCUUCAUCCACUGAAGGUUAUGAGACUGAUGCCGAUGAACCAUCCCGAGAGUCCACGGAGAGGGCGGAACAGCUGGAGAGGACCCGACAAUUAAGGCAAAGUGUAGUCCAGAAAGUACAAGAUACAAGGAGGGGAAUCAAACAGAAAAUGCUCAGGACGUCUGAGGGUUUUUAUCCAAAUAUCCAAGAAGUCACGACCUUGAGUGAGAGUAGUAACGUUGUCACAUCGUUUGAUUAUGACAAAUUCGUAACAUCUAGGCUAGAAAAGGAAGGUGAAGUCUCCGGGGAAGCUCUACAUCCCGAAAAUUACCAUCGGUUCGAGGAAGGAAAAUAUCCUGCUUUUGUUGGUGGUCUCGACUCCGAUACAGAAACCAUCUACUUUAGCGAGGAAAGUGAGAAUGAUGUAGAUGCAACAAGAGACAGUCCAGAAGGAUUCACAUAUAGAAAUUUAAGUACAGAAUCUUUAUACUAUAGUGAUGGAAGAGACAGCUCAGAGGAGAUGACAAAGGAUAUUGUAAGCACAGAGACCUUACACUUAAGUGUGGGAAGUGAGAGUGAAGAAGAAGCAACAAGAGACAGCUCAGAGGAAUUGAGAAAGAGACCCAAAAUUUCAGAAGCCAUAUACUAUAGUGAGGCGAUUGAAAAUGAAGAAGGCAAAACGAGAGGCAGUGCAGAGAAGUCCAAAAAUAGUGGAAAACGGACAAGUCAAACUGUUUAUCAAAGUGGCAAACGUUUGACUUCUUCUAGUAACGGCAGCGAAACUGAUGCUGUCCCAGCGUCCCGUGAUGUCAAGUUUUCCCAGUCUGGACAGGAGAGUGAGAGCGAAUUUCAAAGAAGAGCUCUUGAGCUAGAAAAGUGUUCUCCUUAUGAAGGAAAAGGUCCUGCUCUUGUUGAUGGUGGGGUUGUAGAUGCGAAUUCCAUGUUCUAUUCUGAGGACAGCGAGCGUGAAGUAGAUCCGUCAGGUGGCUCACAGAUCCUGACAUCCUUCAGAGAUAAACAUGAAGAUAUUGUUGAUAAGACUUCUGGACCUCUAAUUGACGAUAAAAAAAGGCAUUAUACUUCAACUUCCAGAGAUGAUUCUGCUUGUGCAGAAACAAUAUCAUCGAGUGAUUUUUAUCAAGAUGCAUCAACUUCCAUGGUAAAGAUUCGGAAAAAGAAGUUCUCUGAUGCUGUAGGUAAAAUCGGAAUAGAUAAGACUCUCAGUAAAAUUGAGACUCGGGUGGCUUUAGGAUCACAAAGGAUCCAAAUGGUGGAGAGUGCAGAAUUGGAUCGUAGAGAGAGACCUGAACAGACUCGAGGUAGGAGGAAAGUCCGCAAACUAGAAACGAGGAGUAGUGCUGAUGCUGAAGGUUCGGAAAGGACUGAAAGCUCCACAUCUUAUACUGGACGCAGAGAGUUCAGAGCAGAUGCACCGUUACAGGUCUCUAAGGUGCCAAAGAAUAGACAGGAAAAGCGUUCUACGUCUUCGCAGAAUGUGGAGAAAAAUCAACGUACAUUGUUUGCCAAGUCUAGUGAAGUUGGAACAGUUAUCGCCUUUGAUGGUAUCAAGCUGGAGGCAGAACAUGGGUUAUCUGAGGUCAGUGCCAGUGAGGGUCUUAAAACACUUCAAAGAACCACAGGAUACAAGGCGAGAGAUCGAAAUGAUAAGGCAAAGGCUGCAGUCAACUCUGGCAAAUUCAACAGUUUUGAUAAAGUCAACGACUUACGGGAGGAUGAUGUUUUUGAUCAAGAUGGAACACCGGUUGUCACAGAACUUAGGCAGGAAGAGAAGUUUUCACGAGAGGUGGAGAAGUUCCCGGAGACUAAAUACAAUCUUAGGAGGAAAAAUCAAGUGACGAGUAGUGGACGAAGACCUCGGGGUUUCGAUUUUUCCGGUGGCAAAAUAAAAAGUGAAGAUGCCUUCAAGCAGAUGACUACCGGUGGCAAGGAUAAAGGAAUAGCUUUCGAUCAUGCUAAUGCACGUGUGCAACUCGAAGAAGGAAGAACAUCCCUUUCCGACUUCUACCGCGGAAGUUCUGAAGUAUCGAUGGUAGAUGCAUCGUCAAAUAGGUCUGAGGUGUCACUUGAAGAUGAACAAAUCCAAUCUAUUGACCCUCCUCCUUCUGGAUAUGACGAGGUUAGCGUCACACUAGAGUCUAAAGUGCCAAAAUCUAGACAGAUAAAUGACCUUAGUUCGCGAAGCAAACCGUCUUGGCCUCCGCUGGAGAUAGCUGGUGGUAUUUCUGGAGAAAUAACAAAGCCUUCCAACGUGAUGAGGUCAAAUUUGGACCUGGAUUCCUCUUCACAGGGCGAUCCUCAUGGGAAGAAAAAAGUUCAGAUGUUCAAUUUGGCUUCAGGUGUUAAUGUAUUUGAUGAAGGACGUGUCCAUUCGGUUGUGAAAUCUGUCGAGUCGGAGUCUGUAUUGGCCUCAUCAAGUAAGGAUAAAAAGCCCAUUGCACAUGCAGCACCUCAGGUUUCCUCUUUUGGGAGGCACAGACGACAGAUAAGAUCGACUGCUGAUAUUUCACUUAUAGCAGCAAAGUCCAUUUCAUCGAGUGAAGACGUUGAUGCUGAUGAUGAUUUAGCGUCACAGAGGUCCAAGCUGGUGAUUUUGAAGAAAGAGAAGAAAUCUCCUCAUAUCGAGAGGGCCCUAAAAACCAAAGUGACCAACUUGAAUACUGGAGGAAAAUUAUUGAAACUUGAUAGGUCAGAAAGAAAUUACACUUCAUCUAGUGUGACUCACUUCAUCAGGGCAGGUGCCACCUCCCAAGUAGAUGUCGGGGAGUCCAGACAGCAUAAAGAAGAGAUCACAACAACAGUGGAGGAAUUAUAUGAUAAAGAAACACCGGACAUCAGUGCGGGACUGCCUCGAAGGGAUUCAACUUCAAGAGAGAAAAAUUCUGGAGAGAUCGUUCAGGAAAUUGAUAUGCUGGUCUCUGUAGGAACUCCUGAAGGGAAGAUGCUGAAAAGUCAACUCCUCGCUGGGGGUCUAGAAGUUGCUUCUGUCCCAGAGUGGGCUACAGACGAUAGAUUUGAUGCAUCAAGACCCGAGCUCCGAGUGAGCAAUCCUGAAGAAAUCGAAUCUCUCGGCAGAAAUAUUUCGAAAGUUGCAAAAUUUGCCUUCGCUGAACUUUCAACAUCAGGAGUUCAACGUGGUCUCACAGGCGUGGGAUCUUCCCCUCUAGAUUUGUCCGCUCCCAGCAUGACAAGUUUUAUUGUUGGUCAAACUAGGGAAGAUGUACUAACGUCUAAGUUGAAGGAGCUUCCUUCUAAGAGGGGUCUGGAAAAAAACGUGGAGUCAGUUGCAGCUAAACUAAGAGAUAGAUCAAGAACAAGCGGAAACACGGAAAGCAAAAUUCAACGGAGUGUGGAGACAUCUAAAACGAAUGAUAUGGAUGUUGGACCUGCCGAACAGUUUGCUGAAUAUGGCACAUCAGUUAGAACAGAAUCAAAAGAUGGAACACAUUCGACUAGUCAAGGAUCGAGCGCGAAAUCUCAGAAUCUGAAGCAAGUAGCUGGAAGCAGUCGUGGAGGAAUUUAUUCUCGCGACUCUGCGAAACACGAGAAAGAUCUCAAUGAGCAUCACACUUCACAAAGACAGAGGGAAAGUCGAACACAGAGGAAUGCUAAAGCUGCAACACACUCUGGACGAGAUGCCCAAUAUAGAACUUCUACAAUCAAAGGGGAUUCUUCGGGAGGUUUUAUUCCACCCAACACAAUAUCUAAGUUGCCAAGGAAUUUGGACAGUAAAUCCUACAGGGAUCUAUGUUUACCCUCCCAUUCAGAUUUAGGACCGAAAGUACCACUUGUUAGCCUGGAGAAGUCCAGGGAUGUUAUGCAAAGCUCUAGUUCUUCUCAUAGAUUGCGGCAAAACUUGGACGUUGCACGCGAUGUGUUUCAGGGUUCUACGCCUGGUAGACUUUCAGCCACGGGCUUUGACCCCCAUGAAGCAAAAGCAUCAGGAAAAGGUGAGGUACUUAGUACAGGAACGGUGGUGAAUGACUCAGAACUAGCCUCCGAAACCGCGGGCCGUAUCUCAUCGACUACAGAUCUUGGGGCUUUUGAUGCGGAGAUUCCUGGAGAUCCUUCAUCCAGCUCAACUCCGAAGUCUUCUAGUGCAGAGACUUCAUGGCUCUCUAGUAUCCGGACGGUCGCGAAGACAUUUCUAGAUAUGGACUUUGGGACUUCGAGUGUAGGUGCUUCAGUGGGAGUGGCACCUUCAGCCAACAUGGUUGAUAUUGUAGAGAAACCACGAGCAUCAGCUACAUUAAAUUACUCAAUUGAAGAAUCUUCUAUGUCAAAAGGGAAAGUAGACACUGUCAAGGAAAUGCAAGCGAGCCCAACUCCAUUCGAUGAACUCGAACCACGGCAUCUGUUCCCUGAGGAACAUAGAAUCGUUUCAAAUCACCCUACUUUAGAUUCUGGUGUCAAGAAAGAGGAAGGUUUGUUAAAAAGGGAUCAGGGUAUUGUUGGAGCGGUUGAGUCAAUGCCGGACAUGGAAACCACUGCCGGAGAAAUAACUUCCAGUCCAAAAGUUGCCUUUUCUAUUGCCAAAUUCCCGGAUCCUCUAAGAGAGAAGAAAACAUCAAAUAUCUUCAAUAGCCUCAUGAUAGACCAAGCGUCUUCCAGUGUAAAGAGCGGUAAAGCGGGAUUGGUGAUGCCUUGGAGCUCAGAAGUGCAGACUGAUGUAGCCGGGACUGAGUUUCGUUCUGUUGAGUUUCCUCCUCUAGGUUAUAGUUCUCUACUAGAAGGAAGUAAGGCAUCAACUGGAGGUACAGCAACAAGUUGGAACACAAAAAUCAAACCUGGAGAAAAGGCAUCUAAGAAUCCACAGGAGGCUGUCUCGCUUGGAUCUACAACCUCGAACCUCAAAGACAAGAGGUUCCAUGAAGGUGUGCCACUAUCAAGUUCAAGUCUGCAUUAUGCGGUUGCGGGAAGCUGUUCUGGAACGGGAACAGAACAAACUUCAGGUGCUAAAGCUGGUAAAAGGAAAGUGACGCCUUUGACUUUAGGAUUAGAGACAGCCGGAGGAGUCAUGACAGUUAUUAUACCCAGAAAUACACCGGUGCCCACAACAAAGAGGCAACUCGCGGAGCUGGAUGAGAUUGACUUGAAGAGGCUUGAGCUUCAAAACAUCUGCAACCCCAUCCUUGAAAGUCUGUCCCAAGGAACGAGCUCUUCAAGUCUCGCUCUUGGUGCAGCCAAACGAGUGACUCCAUCAAAUCUGCACUUUGCUGCGGCUGAAGGGGUGUUACCCGUCCCUGUGGAGAUUUCCCAACGACGUACGGCACCGGGUAUUUACAAGGGGAAUGCAUCCCAGAACUCUGGAGUACUGGAAGCUAUACAGGGAAAGAAAACUCAGUCUGUUGGAAUCAGCCUUGGUCAGGGGGUGAACGGCCUACGCAAAAAGACGCCGACCAGGGAUAGCGUUGAUGACCAUAACCGUUUGGGAGAAACCGCAUUAUCAAGGAAAGCUCCCAAGGCUUAUGCGGGAACAACAUCUUGGAGGUCCAGGUUUGUGCAGUCAGGACAGAAGAGUAAAGCUCCAAUUCCAGAGAAGGGUCCUACUUUCAAGAGUAAAGCUCGACGAAAAGAUACGCGGAAUUUCGGUAAUGUUUUUAGAAGUGCAGAAAAUUCCAGUUCAUCCUUUGAGGUUUUUGAGACUCGUGCAGAUACAGUUCUACACCGCUCCAAGUCACCGCAGACGGCUGAACUCGACACGCUUUCACUCGGCAUUCUACCUCCAGAGAGUAAAGUCCUACUCCAAGAGGAAACUCGAAUCCAAGUAUCUGAAGAAGCUCAUGGCAAUAUUCGGACUGUACGACACAGAGGUAACAAGAGCUCUGAGGAUCAUGGUUGUUACAGUCUUGGGAACUCAACUUUUCUGGAGAAUCCUGUCGCAUCUGCAUCCAAGACCUUCAAAGAACCGGAGUCGAAAAUGGAAAGAAAUGUUGUGGUUGUGGAACUAGAGCCUGUUCUUGGUUCAAGUAGUAGGGUUGAGCGCAGAAGGAAGAAGAAACUUGCAGGUGACUCGUCGCGAACGGCUAAGAAACCAAGAUCAUUACUCGAAAGUCAUGAAACUCUCGGGGAUGAUACACCACGGAGCUUUCAUGUACCGCAGUCUGCCCAAGUAAAGUGUUCUCCUCUUCGCAGACUUACUUCUGAGCGAAGGGGUAGAAUAUUGCGCAAAGACAUUAACGAAGCACAUAAAACGUCCGAAAAGGCAAGCCCGAGCAGAGAGACACAUGUAAGUGCCCCAGAUACUACUAUCGAAAGAUCUCAAGAGGUUCAAUCUGUCCACGGAACGAUAACCCAAAUUCCUGAGGAAACUCGUGUUCCUGUUGGAGGAGCACGGGUUGAGGACAAUGCGGGUCCUGUCGAUUAUUUUUCUGAAAAUCCUGGAAAGUUAGCAUCUUUAGAACAUUUUCCAGAAGUCACAGUCCAGGAUUCAAAACUGGUGGAGUCCGGAAUGAAGAGCAAUGUCGAAUUCGCUGUGAAAGAGCCUGUUGCCAGAUCACAAAGAAGGAUCGAACACCUGAGUGUGAAGAAAACUUUUGGUAAUGGUGAUCUCAAAGGGGCUGAGAGUUCAUCAUUAUUUGUUGAUAGUGAUAAGCGGUUCAUGUUUGAAACGAUACGGAGCUCUCAAUUUAUCAAGUCUUUUAAGGACAAAGCAUUUUCAGGUCUCUAUAAAUCAUCCCAGCAAAGAAAAGGGUCUCCAUUCUUGAGAAUGAAGCCAGGAUCUGUGGAUCCUCGUGAAUCUAAAGGGGCUGGGAGUUCACCUACAGUUCUUGCGAGCCACGAGAUUUCUCAAAGCAAAGGGGUACAUGAGAGUCUCGAGAGGAGCCAAGGGUCGAUGUUAUCCAGUAUUGGUGCUCAAAUCCGUCUCCGAGGUGUUGAGGAAUCGGAUUCGGGCCAUGAAGCUGCUCGUGCGUCGGGCUCUGAGAAUAGAAUCGAGGAGGUUUUGAAGAUUAAGACUUCUACGGGAGAAGUGCCAGUCUCAUGUUUAGAUCCAGAUCUAGAAAUUAAAGCACCUCACUGUAGUAGAGAGGGUGGUGAUACUCAUCUUCAACUUGAGGAGCCAGUGGGUUCGAGCUCUGAAAUUGCUGCAGAAGUUUCUUCGGGCACCAAGGAUACAACAGACGAAGGUCCUGGGUACAGUACUCCUUCCGGGGGAGUAGCGCUGUCACGUUCAGAGCUUGACACAGAAGCUCAAGAAACUUUUGAUGAUGUGCGACCCGGAAUGCUGUCCGGACUAGUCGAGGGUGUUCAGACCCGUCGAUUACGAAAAGUUACACCGUUGACUCUAGGUUUGGAAACUGCUGGAGGUGUUAUGACAGUAAUCAUUCCCAGAAAUACUUCGGUACCGGUUCGGAAAAGGCAAGUCGUUUCCACUCACAUUGAUGACCAGACAGAAGUUCUCGUUGACAUCUAUGAAGGUGAACGUCUUUGGGUCAAGGACAACAAUUUGCUAGGAAGAUUCGAGUUGAAAGGUAUAGCCCCUGCGCCUCGAGGCGUGCCACAAAUAACGGUCUUGUUUGACAUUGACGCGGAGGGAGUCAUGAACGUUUUUGUUGAGGGUGAUACGACCAUCGGAGGAAGAAAAAUGAAGGGGCUUGCCGUUACUAAUGUUAGUGUGAGGCCAGACAGACAGAAGAUUCGUGAGAUGAUUGGGGACUCAGAGAAGCACAAGGCGGAGGAUGAACACAACAGGAAAAGCAUCGCACUUAAAGAUAGCCUGGAAAACUAUGUCUACACCUUGCGAAGCAUUUUAAAAGACGAAAGCAUUGCCAGGCUCUUGGACCCAAGGAGCAAGAUAGAUAUGAUUGCAGGCGUGCAGAGUGCAUUAGAAUGGUUAAUGGUUUGUAAUUGGUUGCUGUACAAUCAUAGGCAGAUACCCGAUUUUCGUGAGGUGGAUGCGAAGAGAAGAGAGCUGCAGAGCAUAUGUAAGCCUGUCGAGAGGAUUCUUCGAGGCCAAGGAAAUUUUAGACGAAGUUAAAGCCCGCUCUCUCUGAGUUGUAACCGAAACUACUGACUUUGAUUCUUCUGCCUCUCAUUUGUAUCAUAAAUUACGAAAAAUGCCACCAUGAUAAAAUUACGCAGCCAAAACAGU